UUUACCGUGCAACAUGAAGUUUCUCGUACUUUUCGCAGCAUCUCUGCUUUGCGUUCAAGCCUAUCAUAUUCCAUACGGAUUCUAUGAUGGUUCAUCCGAAUCCAGCGAGGAGGAGUAUCAGGUACUCGUGACGGCUAAUAAUCAACCACCACUGAGCUUACCGGGCGUUGGUGUCUACAAUCACCCCCUUUUACAAGCGGUUAAAGUGAAGGUGCCACGCUAUGUUAGCACAGAACUCAAGCAGCAUAUUAUCACGCAGACCCUAGCUGCGCGCGGUUUGACUCUACACACACAGCCGCCACAAGGCGGCUUAAACAAUGUCGCACCAACUACCGGUGUACGGCCACAACGAGAGGUGCUGGCUACAGCUGCAGUAAAUAAGGGUAGCGUAGUGGAAAGUGGCAUAAUCGGUGGUGUGCAGGAGAUAACAACGGUGGCACCAGCAGGAUUAGCCGCUCCAGUUGUACCUGAGGCGCCAGUCAUCCCAGUUGUACCAAUGAUAUUGUAAGGGACGCAAAGCGACACGUUAGAUAUGGCUCUAAGUCAGCAUAGUUUCCUUUUGA